GGACUUCAAAAUGAGUGUCCCUGACUAUAUGCAGUGUGCCGAGGACCACCAGACUCUGCUUGUGGUGGUCCAGCCUGUUGGCAUUGUCUCUGAAGAGAACUUCUUCAGGAUCUACAAGAGGAUUUGCUCCGUGAGUCAGAUCAGCGUGCGGGACAACCAGCGAGUGCUCUAUAUCCGCUAUAGGCACCACUACCCACCAGAAAACAAUGAGUGGGGUGACUUCCAGACCCACCGCAAGGUCGUGGGCCUCAUCACCAUCACAGACUGCUUCUCGGCCAAGGACUGGCCACAGACCUUCGAGAAGUUCCACGUGCAGAAGGAGAUCUACGGCUCCACGCUGUACGACUCCCGGCUCUUUGUCUUUGGGCUGCAGGGGGAGAUUGCAGAGCAGCCCCGUACGGACGUGGCCUUCUACCCCAACUACGAGGACUGCGAGACUGUGGAGAAGAGAAUUGAGGACUUCAUUGAAUCUCUCUUCAUUGUGCUUGACUCCAAGCGUCUGGACAGAGCCACAGACAAGUCUGGGGAUAAGAUCCCCCUUCUCUGUGUCCCGUUUGAGAAAAAGGACUUUGUAGGAUUGGACACAGACAGUAGACAUUACAAGAAGCGGUGCCAAGGACGCAUGCGAAAACACGUGGGGGAUUUAUGCCUUCAGGCGGGGAUGCUGCAGGACUCCUUGGUGCAUUACCACAUGUCGGUGGAACUUCUCCGUUCAGUGAAUGACUUUCUGUGGCUUGGAGCUGCCCUUGAAGGGUUGUGUUCAGCUUCUGUCAUCUAUCACUAUCCUGGUGGGACCGGUGGUAAGAGUGGAGCUCGGAAGUCCCAGGGCAGCUCGCUCCCUGCUGAAACAGCCAACAGACACCGACCAGGGGCACAAGAAGUUCUCAUUGAUCCAGGUGCGCUCACUACCAAUGGCAUAAAUCCCGACACCAGUGCUGAAAUCGGACGUGCUAAGAACUGUCUUAGCCCUGAAGACAUAAUCGACAAAUAUAAAGAGGCCAUUUCUUAUUACAGCAAGUAUAAGAAUGCUGGCGUGAUUGAAUUGGAAGCGUGUGUCAAAGCGGUACGUGUCCUUGCGAUUCAGAAGCGGAGCAUGGAAGCCUCAGAGUUUCUUCAGAAUGCAGUUUACAUUAAUCUUCGACAGCUUUCUGAGGAAGAAAAAAUCCAGCGAUACAGCAUCCUGUCUGAGCUCUACGAACUGAUCGGCUUCCAUCGCAAGUCAGCGUUCUUCAAGCGCGUGGCUGCCAUGCAGUGCGUGGCCCCGAGCAUCACGGAACCCGGGUGGAGGGCCUGCUACAAACUCCUCCUGGAGACGCUUCCUGGCUACAGUCUGUCGUUGGAUCCAAAAGACUUCAACAGAGGCACCCACCGAGGCUGGGCUGCUGUCCAGAUGCGUUUGCUCCAUGAGUUGGUCUAUGCCUCCCGAAGAAUGGGGAACCCAGCUCUCUCUGUCAGACACCUGUCCUUCCUCUUGCAGACCAUGCUGGACUUCUUGUCAGACCAGGAAAAGAAAGACGUGACUCAAAGCCUAGAGAACUAUACCUCCAAGUGUCCUGGGACCAUGGAGCUCAUCACCCUGCCAGGCGGCCUCACCCUGCCCCCAGUUCCCUUUACCAAGCUGCCCAUCGUCAGGCGUGUGAAACUGUUGAACCUUCCUGCCAGCCUGCGGCCACACAAAAUGAAAAGCUUGCUGGGUCAGAACGUGUCGGCCAAGAGUCCCUUCAUCUAUUCACCAAUUAUCGCGCACAACCGUGGAGAAGAGCGGAACAAGAAAAUAGAUUUCCAGUGGGUUCAAGGAGAUGUCUGUGAAGUUCAGCUGAUGGUAUAUAACCCAAUGCCAUUUGAACUUCGAGUUGAAAAUAUGGGGCUCCUCACCAGCGGAGUGGCGUUUGAGUCUCUCCCCGCAGCACUCUCCCUUCCGGCUGAGUCGGGCCUGUACCCAGUCACGCUUGUUGGAGUCCCACAGACGACUGGCACAAUUACUGUGAAUGGUUACCAUACCACAGUCUUUGGUGUUUUCAGUGACUGUUUGCUGGACAACCUCCCAGGAAUAAAAACCAGUGGCUCCACGGUCGAAGUCAUUCCUGCUUUACCAAGACUACAGAUCAGUACUUCUCUGCCCAGAUCUGCACAUUCAUUGCAACCCUCUUCCGGUGAUGAAAUAUCUACUAAUGUAUCUGUCCAGCUUUACAAUGGAGAAACUCAGCAACUUAUCGUUCAACUGGAAAAUAUUGGAAUGGAACCAUUGGAGAAACUGGAAGUCACCUCAAAAAUCCUCACCACCAAAGAAAAAUUGUACGGUGACUUCUUGAGCUGGAACCUAGAGGAAACCCUUGCCCAGUUUCCUCUGCAGCCUGGGAAGGUGGCCACUUUCACCAUCAACAUCAAGGUGAAGCUGGAUUUCUCUUGCCAGGAGAACCUCCUCCAGGAUCUGAGUGACGAUGGAAUCAGUGUGAGUGGCUUUCCUCUGUCCAGUCCUUUUCGACAAGUCGUUCGGCCCCGAGUGGAGAGCAAACCUAUGAAUCCAUCUGAGAGCAGCAAAGCUGGUGACUUCAGCCAUGUGAAGACCCUGGAAGCUAUCCUGAAUUUCAAAUACUCUGGAGGCCCGGGCCACAUGGAAGGAUAUUACAGGAACCUCUCCCUGGGGCUGCAUGUAGAAGUUGAGCCAUCUGUGUUUUUCACCCGAGUCAGUACUCUCCCAGCAACCAGCACCCGGCAGUGCCACCUGCUCCUGGACGUCUUCAACUCCACUGAGCACGAGCUGACAGUCAGUGCCAAGAGCAACGAAGAGCUUGUCCUGCAUGCCGGCGAGUGCCAGCGAAUGGCAAUUCAAGUGGACAAGUUCAACGUUGAGAGUUUCCCAGAAUCCCCUGGGGAGAAGGGGCAAUUUGCAAAUUCAAAGCAGCUGGAAGAAGAGAGGCAAGAGGUGCGAGGCAUGGAGAUCAGCAGCAAACUGGACAUCCACUGGGGGAUCCCCUCUCUGAAACGCAGCGGUGAGGCGAGUGUGGAAGGACUCCUGAACCAGCUCGUCCUGGAGCACCUGCAGCUGGCUCCUCUACAGUGGGAUGUGCUAGUGGAUGGACAGCUGUGUGACCGUGAGGAAGCAGCGGCCUGCCAGGUGGGCGACCCAGUGCGUCUGGAGGUGCGGCUGACCAACCGGAGCCCAUGCAGCGUGGGGCCCUUCGCCCUCACCGUGGUCCCCUUCCAGGACCACCAGAAUGGCGUGCACAACUACGACCUGCAUGACACCAUCUCCUUCGUGGGCUCCAGCACCUUCUACCUGGAUGCGGUGCAGCCGUCAGGCCAGUCGGCCUGCCUCGGGGCCCUCCUCUUCCUCUACACGGGCGACUUCUUCCUCCACAUCCGGUUCCAUGAGGACAGCACGAGCAAGGAGCUGCCACCUUCGUGGUUCUGCCUGCCCAGCGUGCAUGUGCGCGCCCUGGAGGCACAGGCCUGAGCCUGCCCUGGUCCCUGUUCCUGACCCAGCCUGGCCCCCCACCCUGUGCUGGGCAAGGUCUUCCCUGCAGCUCCUUUCUCCUCCUCGCCCUCGUGCCUCCGCCCAGCCCUCUCCUCCCCUUUCUCGCGCAGCAUCUGUUCUGGGCUGAGCAGGACCUGCAGACACGGCAGCCUCACCCCCUUUCCCCACUGUUUACCCGGCCCCCCCACAAAGGCUGUAGUUGACUAAACCCCAGAGGAUAGAACCUACCCAGCCCAGGUCCAGGGGCCCCUGCACCUGCUCCCAUGACCUGGGGACCCCAGCCCUGCUCUGCUGCUCCCACCCCUUUGGCUGUAGGAAGAAAAGGUGAGCAUGUGGGUGGGCCCAGCCCAGUGGGCCUGGGGAGCUCCCCUCCCUCCCUUGGCCCUUGGAAUGCCAUGAGGGCUAGUUCUUUUUCUAGAGGCUCCUGUGGGCAGCCCAGGCAGGAGAGAUGGCACCGUGGGUGGUCGUGUGUGGAUGACACCAAGAGGGACCAUCUGCUCACAGCAGGCAAAUGUCCAGGCCUGUGCCAGGUGUUCUGAAGCCCACGGAUGUUUGCACUCUCACCCCGGGCUGGGCUCUAGGUGCCGUGGCCUGUGUGUGUCUAUGUCUGUACCGAGUACUUCAAUAAAA